CGGGAGGGUCCUCGGCUAAAGCCAAAGCCGGAUCAAAGUGGUGGGACUCGCGCCGUGGCCGCGGAGACGUGAAGGCCCUCCGCACUCCUCCUCGGCAUCCGGUCGGUGCUCGCCCUCGCUGUCCUGUCCCCAGCCCCAUGGAGAAGACUGAGCCGAUCCAGAAGGCCAAGCUGGCCGAGCAGGCCGAGCGCUACGACGACACGGCCACCUGCAUGACGGCCGUGACGGAGCAGGGCGCCGAGCUGUCCAACGAGGAGCGCAACCUGCUCUCGGUGGCCUACAAGAACGUGGUCGGGGGCCGCAGGUCCGCCUGGAGGGUCAUCUCGAGCAUCGAGCAGAAGACCGACACCUCCGAAAAGAAGCUGCAGCUGAUUAAGGACUAUCGGGAGAAAGUGGAGUCCGAACUGCGGUCCAUGUGCACCACGGUCCUGGAAUUGUUGGCUAAGUAUUUAAUAGCCAAUGCAACUAAUCCAGAGAGUAAGGUCUUCUAUCUGAAGAUGAAGGGAGAUUAUUUCCGGUACCUUGCUGAAGUUGCUUGUGGUGAUGAUCAGAAACAAACGAUAGAUAAUUCCCAAGGAGCUUACCAAGAGGCUUUUGACAUAAGCAAGAAAGAGAUGCAACCCACACACCCAGUCCACCUGGGGCUGGCUCCUAACUUUUCUGUAUUUUACUAUGAGAUCCUUAAUAACCCAGAACUUGCCUGCACACUGGCUAAAACGGCUUUUGAUGAGGCCAUUGCAGAACUUGGUGCACUGAAUGAAGACUCAUACAAAGACAGCACCCUCAUCAUGCAGUUGCUUAGACACAACCUAACAUUAUGGACAUCAGACAGUGCAGGAGAAGAAUGUGAUGCGGCAGGAGGGGCAGAGAACUAAGUGCAUACAGGGUGUCAUCCUUCUUCCCCUCAAGAAACCUUUUUACUCAUCUCCAUUCCUUAUUCCAUUUGGAUUUCAAUAGCAAAGAAACCCAUUCAUGUGUAUGGAAUCAACUGUUUAUAGUCUUUUCACACUGCAGCUUUGGGAAAACUCCAUUCCUUGAUUUGUGUUUGUCUUGGCCUUCCUGGUGUGCAGUUACUGCUGUAGAAAAGUAUUAAUAGCUUCAUUUCAUAUAAACAUAAGUAACUUCCAAACACUUAUGUAGAGGACUAAAAAUGUAUCUGGUAUUUAAGUAAUCUGAACCAGUUCUGCAAGUGACUGUGUUUUGUAUUACUGUGAAGAUAUGAAAAUGUAGUUAAUUACAAUUUAAAGAGUGUUCUACAUAACUUCUUAAUUUCUACAUUCCCUCCCUUACUCUUCUUCAGGGAUUUUCUUUCAGUAAGCAACUUUUCCAUCCUCUUAAUAUAUUCCUUUUUGGUAGGAAUCCAGAAGUAUUAGAUUGAAUGGAAAAGCAUUUGACAUUUUGAGGCUGGGGGUCACAAAUUAAAAUGCCUCCUGUGUCAUAUAUGAUGGAGGUCUUGUGUAUCUGUGACAACAGGGAGUUUCCUCAUUCACUCUUCAUUUGCUGCUGUUUAAGUUGACAACUUCCCUUC